AUGACCCCUCUCCGAAGCUUUCCCGCCAAAGCUUCCAGAAAGGCCAUUCACUUCUCUGCUUCUGGCCGUCUUCUUCGACUCAGACAUCACCAGUCCCUCGUUUCCCACCAUAUCAUCCGACCUGCAUCUACCGGCUCAACCGCUGUUGCUGCUCGAUCGAAAACCCCUACACUAGAAAUCGAGACACGUUCAUCAAUCAUGGACGUAAAGGCUAAGCAGCAGUAUCUUGCUGAUUCUCCACCCACCGUCGUCAGGCUAGAGAUCAAGCCUCAUUUCGACGUGCUGGACGAGAAGCAGAAACGUUAUGCCCAUUUCAUUAGCAGAGCAGCCUUCCAAGGAACUCGAAUAACCCUGCGCCAGGUUUCCCCGGAAUCCGAACCUAUCUACGAUCUGAUCAUCUCUCUUUACCGUGCUUGUAACGGCGAUUGGAACUCCCUCGCUCAGAAGACCGGCGUGAGCGCGGAAAACCUACGCUUCUUUUUGGAAUAUGCAGCACAGUUUUUAGGCAACUGCGGGUCAUAUAAGGGAUUUGGGGAUUCCAAGUUCGUUCCCAGAAUUUCAGCUGCCGAUCUGGAAACCCUCGCUUCGGCUACCGCAGAAACAAAGGCAGCAUGGGAGAAAGCCAGAAAAUCUGGUGGAGGCAUAUAUGAGACCUCCACUCCCGAGUUGAUGCAUCUAGGAUAUCCAGAGAAGGGACACAUGUCGACAUAUUACCCAGACUCGCCCACGAUUACAACUGAGGAGAUCUCCUUGAUAGCUUCCUUUUUGGAGAAGAAAAAGCUAUUGCCGGAGAACACGAGGCUGCAGAAGACCGAUGCCGGAAACUUUGAGCUACUGAUAGCUUCGGCGGACAAAUCACCAGCGGCCAGUGAUCGCGAUGUCGGGGAAGUCGAUAAGUGGGAGCUCGAUGGGAAACUGAAGGGUAAAACGCUCCGGCUAGUCUUUGGCGACUAUUCCGAGGAGAUGGCGAAAAUUGCGCAAAGCAUCAAGCAGGCAGAGGUGGACGCUGCAAAUGACGUCCAGAAAAGGAUGCACGCGCAAUACGAGAAGUCCUUCAAGACGGGGUCUCUGGAGGCUUACAAGGAAAGCCAGAGGGAGUGGAUCAAAGAUGUGGGACCUGUAGUCGAGUCGAAUCUUGGGUUUGUGGAAACCUAUAGAGAUCCUCACGGCAUUCGCGGAGAAUGGGAGGGGUUUGCUGCUAUUGUCAACCAAGAGCGGACCAAGGCGUUUGGAAAGCUUGUUGCCAGUGCAGAGUCAAUGAUUCCCAAGCUUCCUUGGAGCAAGGACUUUGAAAAGGACCGUUUCCUCUCGCCGGAUUUUACUUCGCUCGAGGUCCUCUCAUUCGCGGGGAGCGGAAUACCUGCUGGCAUCAACAUUCCAAACUACGACGAUAUUAGAAUGAACCUAGGAUAUAAAAAUGUGUCCCUGGGCAACGUUUUGAGUGCCAAAGCGCCCAAUGAACCGGUGCCAUUUAUCAGGGAGCAAGAUCUUCAAGUAUUCCGGGACUAUCGAGACUCCGCGUUCGAGGUCCAGGUCGGCAUCCAUGAACUUCUGGGUCACGGAACUGGGAAAUUGCUCCAAGAAACGGCCCCUGGGCAAUAUAACUUUGAUAUCUCUCACCCACCAAUCAGUCCUGUAACCAAAAGGCCCAUAACUUCCUGGUACAAACCGGGCCAGACCUGGAGUUCAGUCUUUGGUUCCAUCGCAUCAUCAUACGAAGAGUGUCGCGCGGAAUGCGUCGCCAUGGCUCUUGGCUGCGACUUUAAAAUACUUGAGCUGUUCGGGUUUGGCAAUGGGAAAGAAGAUUUAGACGGCGAGGCUGGCAAUGUGUUGUACGCCAGCUACUUACAGAUGGCUAGAGCUGGUGUCAUGGCACUUGAAUUCUGGGAUCCCAAGAGCUCUAAGUGGGGACAAGCCCACAUGCAAGCGCGAUACAGCAUUAUGCGAACAUUCCUUGGUGCUGGUGGGGAUUUCGUGAAAUUGGUGCAUAGCAAGGAUGACCUUUCGGAUCUCGAGAUUCACCUUGACCGGUCUAAGAUCCUCAGCCACGGCCGUCCGGCGGUGGAGAAGUAUCUGCAAAAGCUCCAUAUUUACAAAUCUACAGCGGACUUCGAGGCUGGAAAAAUGCUGUACGACGAUAUUACGCAUGUUGAUGAGUGGUGGGGAUCACGAGUCCGACCGGUUGUUCUUCAGAAAAAAAUCCCUCGGAAAGUGUUUGUGCAAGCCAAUACGGUUCUAGAGGGUGAUAAGGUGGUGCUAAAGGAGUACGAGCCAACAUUGGAGGGGAUGAUUCAAAGUUAUGCUGAGCGAGAUAUCUAG